CAAACUAUUAUUACUCUCAAAACAGUGACAUUCAGUCCAUUGAAAACACUAAACCAUUAGUUAAUAAUUGUCUGCUAUUUGUUGUUAGGCUUUGAAUGAACACAAUAUUGCAAUCAAUUUAGUCUAUAAUUAAAAUAAAUUUAAUUUCACUCAUUAUUAGCAAAAACAUUAUUAUUAUUUGUAUUAUUAUUUGUUGUUUGCAUUUGUUUUUCAAUUGUUUGCAAUAAUAUCUGAAACAAACAUAUAUUGUCUUUCCGUAACAUUUGAUCCAUUAAUAAGUGUUUUGAAAGAUGAGUGAACCGAUUGUUAGCGAUUCGUUUCCAUUGUCGGCAUUGCUGCCGAAACGGGAGACGACUGCGGCUUCAUUUCUGAYCAAAUAUCCCGAAUAUGACGGCAGAGGUAUAAAAAUAGCAAUCAUCGAUUCGGGUAUAGAUCCCGGUGCUGCCGGACUACAGACAACCACUGAUGGUAAACCUAAAGUAAUUGAUAUGAUGGACGCCACCGGUGCUGGCGAUGUGGACACGAGUACUGUUGUUGAGGCAGACGCCGACGGUUUUAUCACUGGUCUUACCGGCACUAAACUCAAGAUCCCAAAACACUGGACUAACCCGACCGGCAAAUAUUAUAUCGGAAUGAAGAAUAUCUAUGAGUUAUAUACGACUAGAGGAUUGUCUGACAGAAUUGCCAAAGAGUAUAACGAAGAAAAUUUUCAACCAAAUCACAAGACUGUAACCGCUGAAGCCAUUCAAGAACUGCAAGAAUUUCAAAACAGUCAUUUGGAUCCAUCACAAGACGAUCCCGAAGAGAAGCUAAUUCGCGAAGAGUUGCAAUCAAGAGUAGAUUUUCUCAAACAAAUGGAUAAAAAAUUUACAGAUUUGGGACCAACUUUUGAUUGUGUGGUUUUCAAUGAUGGCACUAAUUGGAAAGCUGUAAUCGAUACUUCAGGAAUCGGCAAACUAGAAGAGUGUACAGUAUUAGGCAAUUAUAGAGAUUGUUUUAAAUACGGAACUUUAUCCCAUAGGGAUUUACUUAAUUAUGCUGUGAAUAUACAUAAUGAUGGUAAACUUCUGGAGAUUGUCGCCAUGUGCAGUGCUCACGGAACUCAUGUGGCCAGUAUAGCGGCUGCACAUUUUCCAAAUGAUCCGGAACGCAAUGGUGUGGCUCCGGGAGCUCAAAUUGUCAGCAUUUGUAUUGGAGAUAAUAGGGUUGGUUCUAUGGAAACUGGAACUGCUCUCAUUAGAGCAAUGAUCAAAAUUAUUGAAACGGGUUGUCAUGUUAUUAAUAUGAGUUAUGGCGAGUCUAGUCAUUGGUGUGAAGGUCGAGUAUUGGAUUUGAUGCACGAAGUGGUCAACAAAUACGGUAUUGUAUUUUGUGUGAGCGCCUCUAAUAGUGGACCGGCGUUAUCUACUAUUGGAACUCCUCCGACAAAUAAAUCUGCAUCAAUGAUAAGUGUCGGCGCCUACGUAUCACCUGAUAUGAUGGCAGCCGAGUAUUCAAUGCGUCAAAAAAUUCCCGCAAUGGGCUAUACGUGGACGUCGAGAGGACCAACAAUUAAUGGAGACUUAGGAGUGUGCAUAUGUGCUCCGGGAGGUGCUAUUACAUCAGUACCUAACUGGACACUUAAGAAAUCGCAAUUAAUGAAUGGAACAUCAAUGGCAUCGCCUAAUGCGGCCGGUUGUGUUUGCAUACUGUUAUCGGGACUGAAGGCACUUAAUAUCGAUUACUCGCCAUUUAGUGUCAAAAGAUGUCUUGAAAACACUGCUUUAAAAAUACAAAACUACUGUCCCUUCACUCACGGACACGGACUCAUUCAAGUGGAGAAAGCUUUUGAACACUUGACUCAAUAUAAAAAUGCCAUUGAAAGGGAUGUUCGCUUUCAUGUGACAAAUGGUAACAAUUUGGGUGUCUAUUUGAGAGAAGCCUACGAAGUACAGACUCCUUCAGUUCAACCAAUAAAUAUUGAACCAGUUUUUCUUAAUGAUAAACAAAUAGAUAAUAAGCGGAAAGUGGAUUUCGAAAUGAGUUUAAGUCUUGUCUGUGACAAAGAGUGGGUCACUUAUCCCUCGUUUUUACAUUUGACUUACACGUCGCGUAUUUUUGGCAUCAAAGUUGAUCCUCAGGGACUUGAAGAUGGAUCAGUUCAUUUUGCACUUAUCAAAGCCUAUGAUACUAAAUGUAUUGAAAAAGGGCCUGUUUUUUAUGUUCCUAUAACUGUUAUUAAGCCAUUAAAGAUUACUGAUCGAAAUGCCAUAGAAAGUACUCAUAGUUAUAAACCGGGUUAUUUGAGGCGACUGUUUCUGGAUAUACCUGCAAAUGUCACAUCAAUGGCAGUUAAUAUCAAGAAUUGUGAUCAACUCGAAAAAGGAUCGUUUGUUUUACACACACAACAGUUGUCACCACAAUUGUCUAACAGAACCGAUAGUAUUGAGAAAAUGUUAGUAUUAUCGGCACAGGAAGACACCACUGUUAUCAUCAAACUAAAGAGCUCACGAACUAUAGAAGUGUGUUUUGGCAAAUGGUGGUCCAGUAUCGGGGAAACACCCGUUCAAUUGAAUCUCAAGUUUUAUGGAUUGCAGCCAUCAGGAGCUAAGACAACAAUGUUGGCGAGUGAAGGUAUUAGCAGAAUAAAUGUGAUCUCUAAUUAUGGGUUUGAAGACAUAUCUCCCAGUAUUUCACUACAAAGUUAUACUCAACCUAUUAGAUCGACUGAGAAUUUGAUUCGUCCUUUAUUGACAUCAAGACGUGAUGUAAUACCUCCCGGAAGACAGAUCUAUGAAAUUAUAUUGACUUAUAGUUUUCAAUUGUCUAAAGCACAAGAAAUUAUUAUUUCGUGUCCACUUUURUCGGAUGUAUUAUAUGAAUCUGAAUACGAAUCACAACUUUGGAUGAUAUUUGAUGCAAACACUAAACAAUAUUUAGGAUCCGGUGACGCCUUUCCCGAGAAAUUUUCGUAUUCAAAGAAAUUAGAAAAAGGCGAUUACAUCGUUAAACUACAGAUAAGACACGAAUUGGUGUCACAAUUAGAAAAACUGACUGAACUGCCCAUUCAUUUGCAUUACAAAUUGGCGUCAAGUGUUUCAUUGAGUAUUUAUGAAACAUAUCAUAACGCCAUAAGCGAUGGUAAAAAGGCGAACUCAAUUAGCUUACCGGCCAACUCACAGAUUCAACUCUUUGUGAACGCAAUGACUGAACCGCCAAAAAACAUAACCACUGUUUGCGGCGGCUUUUUCUCAGGACAUCUAACACUUAGUAAAGAUGAUAAUCGCAAGAAAGUCGAAAAGUUUGAAUUCAAAUAUAUUACUGAUAGCGAGUCACAGAAAAAGUCUAAAGAAGGCAAAGAUUCAAAAGAUAAGAAAAGUGGAGAAACAGAUGACAAGUCAUUAGAAGAACAAUAUAACGAUGCCUUAACUGAUCUCAAGAUUUCUUGGAUUUCAAAAUUAAAAGGCAAACAAUCAGAAGAUUUGUUUAACGAACUUCAAAUGUCAAACAAAGGUAACAAACAGCUAUUGUUUGCAAGACUUCAAGCACUCGACUCGGAUGAAGAGCGCAGUCAGCAUUUGAAAACGCAAAUUAGUUUAGCGAAUGAAUUAUUAGAUUUAAUUAAAGUCGAAGACUUGAUCUCUUCAAUGGCUGUCUUGAAAUUAGAGAAGAAGGAUAAUGCAAACAAUACAACAGCUAAUAAAAAUUUGGAGAAACAGAAAACCACUGCCAUUGAAACAUUAGUCAAAAAAGGUAUUGCCAUUUGUGAUAUCAUUGACAUUCAAACCCAACAAAGCGACGGCGGACUGUCCACUGUGGCGAUAAGUGACUCGAAUGCUAUUUCUGCGGACUCCCUGUCCGAUGAUACUAAACUGUUACCACCCGUUCAAGUAUUGAUAUCCGAUGUCGACAAUAUAUUCGAACAAUUGKCUAAACUUAUUGAUCCAUACGAUCAAAAAGUGGCCAAAUUUACUGAACGACACGCAUUGCUACACAAACAUUACGGACGAGCACUCAAAUUGUUUAACAAACUACAAGAAUCUAAAGCAAGCCAUGAAAUUGAACUCAAAACUAUUGAGGCAUUUAAUCGACUCAAUUGGAAACAUUUGGCAAACGCUUAUAAUCGGUCAAUAAAUGUUAAGUAUCCUAAAAAUUACCGAUUGUUUUAAUAUAUAAUUUAACAAAAUAUUACCGUAAAAUUGUGUUUUCCCCCAUAUGGAAUUUAAAAAAAAAUGAAAAAACACUUGCAUUUUUACCUCCAUUGCUAAUAAUUAAACAGUAAAUUAUUAUACAAAACUAUAUUUUUCAUAUGUUACAAAACUCGCAUUAUUUCCAAAGACAUUUCCAUAUGGAAUAAAAA